CAGUGUGCUCGUACCCUCCCCUCACACUCACCUGGAGCUCGGAGCAGGUGACUGAUAGGAGCAAUGAGUGGGAAAGACUGCAGAACUGAUCUUGAUCGGCAUGGAGUCGGGCAAAGAAUCCUUUUUACCGGACCUGAUGGCAUUGGGAAUUACAGAGUCAGACUGUGCGAUUUCCCCCACAGCAUCGGCGCCUUGUCCUCGGAGGCCACAGGGGAUUUAAAUUACCUCUUCCGUCCUGCUCCGCGUGCACCAGCAUGGCUGUCCAAGCAUUGCUACGUUGGAGGAGUGGGAUGGGGCAUUGAGCAUGGCCUCAGACUCAAUACCAGAUCUUUACUCAGCAACACACAGAUCAAGCGUUCUGAGUUUCGCUCGGCCAUGGAGGACAGGAUAUCUCAGAUCUCAUGGCAAGUGCCGCCAUGCCUUUUAGACAGGCAGGAGCCGGGUACCCGAGGGGACCAGAGUGCUUAUGAGAACGACAGUCAGAACGGCAACAACCAGAUCCGACUGAGAAAGAGACGCUCAGCUCAGAGGACAACGGCAGACCAGAGUCACUUUACUUUGCCGGCCAUAACAGGAGGCAGAGUUUAAUGAAAGCAUCUGCAAUGAUGUGCACUUGGUAUCUGGAGUGGUUUAGUUACUCUGUGCUUGUUUCAAGAUGCUUUAUGCUCUGCAAAAUAAUAUGAGAGAGAAACAGUCAAGUGUAGUGACAGUUCAUUACUCUGGCUUAAAAAAUACCUGCAUCCUUCUGGAUUCCGUAUCCAACAUGAUCUCCUGUGUGGAAUUUUGUAACAGUUUGUAGGACUAAAAUUAUAUGGAACGAUACAGAGGUUAAGAUUAAAUAAAGAUUUAAAAAACUU